UCCGCAUCGUCUCCUUCACACCUCGGCCUCUGCUCAACUCCCAAAAUGGAGGCCGCAGCGCGUAGCACCUUUGAAAUCAACAACAACGUCCAGCUGCUCGGCGCAGCCGACCAGGCCUUCCUCUAUGACGACAAGGCUCUUCGGCAACAGGCGCCUUGGGAGAAUGACCCGCACUACUUCCAGACGGUCAAGAUCUCGGCCGUCGCGCUGAUCAAGAUGACUAUCCACGCGCGCUCGGGUGGCCAGUACGAGAUCAUGGGCGUCAUGUACGGCAAGGUUCGCGACCACACCUUCUGGAUCAUGGACGCUGCCGCUCUCCCUGUUCAAGGAACCGAGACGCGUGUGAACGCUGGUGUUGAGGCCUACGAAUACAUGGUGCAAUUCCAGGCCGCGAAUAAGACUGCUGGAAAGAAUGAGGAGCUUUGUGGAUGGUACCACUCGCACCCUGGCUACGGUUGCUGGCUGUCGGGUAUCGACGUCAACACUCAACUCACCAACCAGAAGUUCACCGACCCAUACCUGGCCGUUGUGAUUGACCCCAACCGCACCGUGUCCGCCGGCAAAGUCGAGAUUGGAGCGUUCCGCACCUUCCCCGAGGGCUACACACCACCCUCAGCGGGAAGCUCCGAGUACCAGUCGAUUCCCAUCGACAAGAUCGAAGACUUUGGCGCACACGCCAACGCCUACUACCCGCUCAAUGUUGAGAUCUACAAGUCUAAGGCCGACGAGCAGCUUUUGGAACUGCUGUGGAACAAGUACUGGGUUGCCACUCUCAGUCAAAGUCUCAUCCUCACGAACCGCGCCUACGGCACCUCUCAGAUCAAGGACCUGAAUGCCAAGCUGAGAUCCACCACCGAUGGGAAGCUUUCAGAGUCGACUUCGGAGCUCAAGUUGAAGGCUCCUCCUCCGACUCUGGAAUCGGCCGGCGAUAAGGGCAGCAAGAAGAAAGAGGACCCAUAUGUUGGAGUGGAGACGACUGCGUCGGCGCUCAGUGGACCUCACAAGGACAGGCAAGUGGAAAUUAUCGCGAAUGAGAUCCAGAACGGCAUCACUGUGCAGGUGAUUAAGAACCAGCUCUUCAACCAGCGCCUUGAUAUGUACCUUCGCGAGCGCAAGCUCAUACAGUCGGCGCCGCUGAGCGCGCUCGCCGGCACGCGACUCGGCAUCGAUGUCAACUACUAUGUUCGAACGCUACUCCAGGACCCCGACCAGAGGGAGCCUUUGAUUGCGUCUACUGGUGGUCUUCCGCUGUCGCUUGCAAACCGCAUUGAGAGCGAUCUGCGUCAGCUCGACAAGGCCGGCAUCAAGCCAGUCUUCGUCUUCUCUGGCCUGCCGCUCGCCUCGCGGCCCCUGCCGAAGGGUCCCAACUCGCAGAUGGAGAGAGAGAACCAUGUCAAGAACGAGGCGUGGAACUACUAUGAGGACGGCCAGGUCGACAGAGCCGUCGUUGCCCUCACGCAGGUCCGUGGGGGCCUCUGGAUCGACCCCAACGAGGUCGUUCGCAUCUUCCUCCGUGCCUUCAAGCAUCGCUUCGUGGAGUAUGUCAUUGCUCCCUACCUCGCGUCGGCACAGCUUGCAUACCUGUUGAGACACCCCAAGGGCUACAUUCACGCCAUUUGGUCCGACUCGGAGACGCUCUUAUGGUCGGUCGACAAGGUCAUCACGUCGAUUGAGUGGUCUGGCAACUUCACUUUCCUCGACAAGACGCGUGUCCGAACUGAUCUUGGAAUGACACCCGAGCAGUUCUUGGAUCUCAGCCUGUUGUCGGGCUGCUCGCUGUUGCGCACAUUCCCUCCCUACGCCGACAGCUUCCAAAUCCGGGUCAUCAUUGACAUUGUCCGUCACUUAAAGACCGGCAUCGCUGCGUGCCAGCAGUUCCGUGACCAUCCCCAGAUGAAGGCUCUCGGCUACACUGAGAGCUUCAUGCGUGCAAGGUUGGCCGUCAAGUUCUCCCUCGUCCUCACGACUGAGGGAACCUGUCUGCCACUGCCUCUUGUGGUGCCGCCUCAAGGUGCAGUGGUGACGGCGACCGAUGUCCCCUCGGACCUCGAUGAGAUCUUCUCGCCCCGCCUCCCUGACGAGCUCUACUUCCUGCUGUGCCGUGGUAUGGUCUCGUCAAGCCUCGUUGGAUACCUCACCUCCGGAUACAUCGAUGAGAGACAGCCUCUGGCGGAUUCGCCCGAGUACCGCCGGUUCAUCAAGGAUAUCAUCACCGAAGGCGCGACUUCUCCUCGGUGCACCACCCUCGCCUUGCUGACAGCGGGCUUGCACCCCCAGUGGGCUCAGAAGCGUGUUCACGCCCACUACUACUUUGACCAGCCCUAUGCGCCACCACAGGGCGCCGUUGUCCCCAUUGCGGACCCUCUCACGCAGACUCUGGUCGAAAAGUGUGCCACCUGGAUGGUGCCUCACCAUGUUGUUGGAGACGAGCUCCGGAGACAGAGCUCAUCCACCAUUGACCUCAAGCUGUGUAUCGGCACGCUGGAGAAGGAGGAGACCGCAGCCUACACCAAGAAGGAGAAGGCAGCAAAGAUCCUCGAGAAGAAGGAUGAAAUCGUUGCCAACAUCAUCUGGAGGUUCCUGGAUGUCCGAGGCUUUGUUAGUGCAAACCAUCAGCAGACGGCUAUGGGCAAGGCUUUCCAUGCCGCCAGCGCAUCUGCCCGUGUCACCGACAAGCUGCAGGAGGCCAUUUACAUCGUCCUGGAGCUCUUGAGGGCUGGCGUUGUUCACGGCCACAGGUUUGGCGGCCCCAAUGCGCCACUUCUGUCUGGUGGUCCCAGCUUCGGGUCGGACGAGGAGCAGAGCAACACAUUGCUCAUUAUGCGCGUUCUGAGUGUGGUCCCUCUGAACUUCCGGCCCGAGCAAUGGGCGGGACCGCUCUCUCGUGAACUCUUGGUGUUCAACUCGUUUGUCAAGGCCACAUCAAAGGCUCUCCGUCAGCUGCUUGAGGCGAUCAACGUCCACAUCCUCUUGACAGGGAAUGCGCGCCGCAUGCGUGACGACUACCUGGAUAUGUGCAUUAGUCUUCCGUUCCAAAGCGACGUAAACACUGGAUUCGGAAUCCUUGCCAAGACGUAUCUUGACGCGGCGACGAUCCACUUUGGUGAUACUAUCACCGAAGAGAACGCGGGCUCGGAUGACGUGAAGCAGGCCAAGCAGUCUGCGCUCCAGUUUGUUGAUCAGGCGUUCACGGGCGUCAAGAGCCCAACGCAGGAAGUCGAACGAGGCUUCCGCUUUUGGGAUGCAAUCAUGGUCGCCAUACGUACACUUGACCAGGAACAGGGGCCCAAACCCUCCGUCGUCAACACGGUCAUCCAGCCGGAUAUUAUUGAGCAGUUUGAGCGGGCAGACAAGUGGCUGCGGCCGAUGCGGCCAUAGGAACAGUAGGCAACCUAUGGUGUGAAUGGCUCGGCUCUUGCCAGUGAAACCAAACCGUUGCGCUCUCACCAAUAGGUGCAAAAACAUGCAUUCAUUUCGCAUAGAG